UUCGGAGAACAUCUACAAUGGAACAGGCUACCAAGUGCACGUAAUUGCGUCAUUAUUAGUUAUUAGUAUUAUUAUUAGAGACUUUAUUAGUAGUGAGUGAUUAGAAACACAUGUAGUAGGCCAUUAAUAAUGCGGGGACGUCAUGGUAGGCUACUUACUUGAUUUGUUGUGAGUCCAAGAAUCGCAAGUCAUCCGACUUUUUUGUGAUUGCAUAUGUAUAGGAGCUAUUGUAUUGCACCAAAACAAAGUUGAAGUCAUUUGAAAUGACCUUGAGAGUUGUGUAUAUUUGUCCCACCCCACUAAAAACAUGAGGGCUGGACUUGCAGGGAACUUGUUGAGAUAAGCUGAACGUUUUUCUUCUUAAGUCGACUAACCUGUGUGUAACCUUAUAAUAGCCUACAUCCGGAAUUCAUGAGAAUGGCUGGGAAAGUGAGAAGGUUUUACGACCUGACAGCUAAACUGCUUUCUGGAGAAAGCUUCAGUUUCUCUGGUCUGACGGGAAAAGUUGUUCUCAUUGAGAAUGUAGCGUCUCUAUGAGGAACAACAACCAGGGACUAUACUCAGAUGAACGAGCUCAACAGUCGUUACUCCUCCAAGGGACUCGUUAUUCUGGGUGUGCCCUGUAAUCAGUUUGGACAUCAGGAGAACUGCAAAAAUGAUGAAAUCCUAAGGUCUCUGAAGUAUGUCCGUCCAGGGAAUGCCUUUGAACCCAAUUUCCAGCUCUUUGAGAAGGUGGAUGUGAACGGAAAGGAUGCCCACCCUUUGUUUGUAUAUCUGAAAGAAAAGCUUCCAUUCCCCUGUGAUGAUGCCAUGGCUCUCAUGACUGAUCCAAAGUUCAUAAUUUGGAGUCCCGUCAGUAGGAAUGACGUGUCUUGGAACUUUGAGAAGUUUCUGAUCAGUCCUGAUGGGGAGCCUUACAAGCGCUACAGCAAAAAUUUCCUUACCAUUGACAUUGAGGCAGAUAUUAAAGAGCUACUUAAGAGGGUCAAGUAAAGUGUGCUACAACACGCUGGGUGGUUGUUAAGGGAUAUCAGUUAUAACUAGCCUGGCCAAAAAGAUUAAUCAUCAGUUUUGAUUAUUUCAUAUAGUUUUUCCACCUUCACUGUUAAACUCAAUUGCAACACUCCUAAAUUUGUGAUAUUUCCAGUGCCGUAUGGUUGUUCAGCAUGUUUACUAAAUGAAGAAACUCUUUGAAACCUUGUUGUAAGGGAGUUUCUGAUGAACAUGUAAAAGACUGACUCUGCCACAUGUCAUGUGUAUAUCACAAAUAUCUUCAUUGGGUAGACUUAAAGAGGAGAAAUAAAAAUGUAAUGUCAUAUAAAGUGCUACUGUCAUUUCAA